AUGGUGACUGAUAUGUGCGUGUCGAUUAAAGCAGGAAGCUCUGAUUAUUUGGAGAAACAUCCAGAGCGCAGAAUAUCAUUUUCCCAAAAUUUUUACAUUAUUGGAGUUACUUUUGCGGCUGGUAUUGGUGGCCUUCUAUUUGGUUAUGAUACUGGUGUGAUAUCUGGCGCUCUCUUGUACAUAAAAGAUGAUUUUGAAGUUGUAAAGAACAGUAGUUUUCUUCAGGAACUAAUAGUUGCCAUGGCCUUAAUUGGUGCAAUUUUCGGCGCCGCCAUUGGUGGUUACAUUAAUGAUUCUUUAGGGCGUAAGGCUGCCACUAUUGUGGCAGAUAUUUGUUUCGCAGUAGGAUCACUCUUGAUCGCCGUCGCACCAAAUCCCACUCUUAUCAUAGUUGGCCGGUUUUUUGUUGGCCUAGGUGUAGGUUUCGCCUCUGUUACUGCUCCUAUGUAUAUUGCAGAAGUAUCACCGUCUGAAAUAAGAGGUGGAUUAGUUAGUGUCAAUUGUCUUAUGAUCACAACUGGCCAAUUUCUUUCCUUUGUCAUCAAUUAUGGUUUGACUAGAGUUCCUGGAACAUGGCGUUGGAUGCUUGGAAUUGCAGGUACACCAGCUGUUAUUCAGUUGGUUCUUAUGGUCUUUCUUCCUGAGUCCCCCAGAUGGCUAUAUUUGAAGAAUAGGAAGGAGGAGGCCACCAAUGUUCUUUCUAGGAUAUACCCAUCUCCUCGGUUGGAGGACGAAAUAGAUAUUCUUGAAGCUCACAUGGAGCAAGAACAAAAGGAUAAGGUCAAAGUUAAAUACAGUGAUGUAUUUAAGUUGAAAGAAAUCAGAGUUGCGUUCAUAUGUGGCGCUGGACUUCAAGCAUUCCAACAACUUACCGGUAUUAGUGUUAUAAUGUACUAUAGCCCAACAAUCAUUCAAUUGGCUGGCUUCAAAUCAAACGAAUCGGCUUUGUUCUUAUCCCUCAUUGUUUCUGCAAUUAAUGCCGGUGGCACAAUUAUUGGCAUUUACCUUAUUGACAUUGUAGGGCGAAAGAAGCUUACACUUAGUAGCUUAAUAGGUGUGGAGUGCUUGGAUAUCAGGAUUCGGUUGUCAAUGGUCUUAUCCGGGUUCGAUGAAAGAGCACUUUCUCAGUUGGACAGAGGAAUCGAGGAGUAA